GGGUUUCGUAUGGUUCUGAAAUUCACUGUGCUCAGUUGAAUCGGGCUCCUCGUUGGAAUCAGUUGUGCGAUAGAUACGGUCGCGGUCGCGAGUUCGCCGCUUAGUUUGCGGCAGUGUGUUUAACUCUGUGACCUUUUUGCCAUCUAAAGAAAAAUUCUUCCAGAACAUCCAGAAGAAGAGAAUUCUGUGUCUGGGAAGAAGACUUCUUCGUGUGUUCAUUAUUCAAUUAUUUUUUUUUGUUUUUAUAAUUCAACAAACAAUUCUGUAUGCCUCGUUGCAUUUUUUCGUGUGCAACACACCAACUGACAAUUUUUCAAGUUUAACGUGCCAGUGUUAAUUUUAAAAAAAAUUUGACUACCUCGCCUGAUGAUGAUGGUGCAUUUGUAAAUUAGAAUUCUCAGCGACGUCUAUCAACUAGCUAAUUACAUUUAGGCCUAUAUGAGAGUGUUGUACGUACACAUAAUAGCCUAAGGAGCAACGAAAUACCAAUUAAAGUGCAUUAAUUAUACAGCAGAGUGACAUCUUCACAUCUUUUUUUCUGCCAACAACUCAAUACGUUGUGUUGAAAAUUUUCUACUAUGCCAGCAAAAAUGAUGGAGGGCGGAUAUAUCAAUGAAGACUUGGAUCCUGUUGUUGAUUCUGAUGAAGGUGGUCAGCUGAAGACGAAGAACGGGCAGAAGUACGUUGUGAAUCACAAACCGGAAGGUUAUUUCGUCACAAAAGGCUGCAUCGCCCUAAUGGCAUGUGCUACUAUUCUUGCACUCCUGACUGUCUUUCUCCUGACCUACUUCCUCGUUGUACCCAGGUGCGAUGCUUCCACGGAUUCCCCGACAAAUGAAACAGUGAGCUCAGCUAGUAUAUUCAGUCCUUCACGCGGAGGGAAGCCCAAGGAGAAACCCCCACCUGCUGAUGAGGACUUCCAAGAGGAAGAUGAUGGUGCACUCAGUGAUCAAAACUACGAGAGUUUCAACUCGAAAGAGGACAAAAUUCACCUCUACGAAGGAUGGAAUCCCACAAGAUACAGAUUAAUAAUAGAGCCAAAUGUAGAGAGAUCCAUAAACAACGGUAGCGUAUGGAUUGACAUGACCAAUGACCCAAAAGUCCAUGGGAUUCAACCAAUUAUAUUGGACAUUCAUCAGAUUGAUAUAAUUGAUGUGCACGUACUGGAGCUCACGGAAUCCAAUGGGACAGCCCAAGUGCAAAUUGAAACGAAUUCCGACAGCAAUUCAACCCUCUGGAUCUACGUGAAGAAGGAUUUUAGGAAGUACACAACCCCCAUUCGACUGAAGGUAUUUGUGGAGUUCAUUAGCCGGCUGUCGGACACCCUCCAGGGAUUCUAUCAUGUCAACUACAAGGACGAGAUCAGUGGGGAGUCACAAUGGCUGGCUAGCACGCAAUUUUCCCCAAUUGAGGCGCGAAGGUGUUUCCCAUGCAUGGAUAGACCCGACAAGAAGGCCGAAUUUGAGAUUUCAAUUGUGAGACCGUAUGAGAAGAGCAUGGUCCUCUCGAAUAUGCAGCACAUGUUCUCAAACACUCAUCGCCCGGGGUAUGUGCAGGAAGAUUUUGAGGUGACACCGAGAAUGUCAACCUACUUGGUGGCCUUCAUCGUUUCGAAUCUCGUUGAAUCCAACACCACAACUCCAUUAAGUGGUGCACCGCGAAUUCGGGUGUGGUCUCGUCCUGAAAUGUCUGACAUGACGGGCUAUGCUCACAAGCUCGCAACUGACAUCCUACCAUUCUUUGAGCAAUACUUCAAUAUCCAGUACAAACUGCCAAAGAUUGAUUUGGUGGCUGUGCCUGAUUUUGGAUUUAGCGCCAUGGAAAAUUGGGGGCUCAUCUUCUUCAGGGAAUCUGCAAUGCUGGUGCCCGAAGACAAAGAGCGUCGUUCGUCUGCAGAGCAUACGGAGCAUGUUGCGAGUAUUUUAGCGCAUGAGCUGGCUCAUCAGUGGUUUGGGAAUUUGGUGACGAUGAAGUGGUGGUCGGAUUUGUGGCUCAAGGAGGGCUUUGCCAACUACAUGAGCUACCUGGCGUUGGACAAUGUGGAGCCUACGUGGAGAUUGCGGGAGAAUUUUGCCGUCAAUGAGCUUCAGCAUGCAAUGGAUAAAGAUGCUGACACAACAUCCCAUCCAAUUUCCUUUGAAGUGUCCACCCCAUCGGAUAUUCGGAGGAUUUUUGAUCCAAUCUCCUACUCCAAGGGGGCAUCACUUAUACGAAUGAUGAAUAGCUUUUUGGGUGAGGAAGCCUUUCAGAAUGCCGUGAGGUCAUACCUGAAGCGCUUUGAGUACGCAAAUGCCGUGCAGAAUGAUUUGUGGCAGAUUAUGUCGGAGUUUGGGCAUAAAUAUCGCGUUCUACCGCCGGAAUUGAAUGUGAAGAACAUCAUGGAUACGUGGACAAUAAAAGCCGGCUAUCCCAUACUCAGUGUUGUCCGCAAUGGGAGUGACCUCGUCAUCACACAGCAGCGCUACAUGCUGCCUCAGGCGAAGGUACAAGAUAAAUCCCGGUGGUACAUCCCAAUCACGCUCAUCACGAAAUCCUCACCAGCGCACAGUGAAACCCCCUCGUAUUGGAUGACGGAUGAAGAUGAGCAAAUUGUUAUCCCAGACGUGGUCAGGCAGGAUGAGUGGGUGUGCCUCAAUGUUAAUCGUACAGGGUACUAUCGCGUGAAAUACGACUACGAAUCCCUCACUCAGCUGGCCCGGCACUUUGAGCAACUGCCAGAGAUCAAUCGAGCCCAGCUGAUUGAUGAUGCUCUAAAUCUAGCACGAGCUGAGUACGUCACGUACGACAUUGCCCUCACAUUCCUCAUCCGCAUGGGACACAGCUAUACGGAUGUCCUGCCAUGGGCAGCAGCUAUGCGCGGGAUUGAAUACCUCACCGACAUGCUAAUCCGUGAACCUGCCUUUGAUUCAUUCAAAACGGUGAUGCGGCACAUUGUUCUUCCGGCCUUCCAGCACUUGGGAUUCGACGAGAAAGAUGACGAGACUCACGUGCAGCUCCUCCAUAGGGCCAGAGUAGUGCAACUUGCGUGCACAUUUGGUUACGAUCGUUGUACAAAUCGUGCUCAAUUCCUCUUCCGCGAAUGGAUAAGAAUUCCUAAAAUUAACAACAUUAAACCCAACUUGAAGGGCACGGUUUACUGCGUAGCCAUCCGGGAAGGAGGUGUCCACGAGUGGAGAUUUGCGUACAAGCAGUACUUGGAGACAACGAGCGCAUCUGAGAAGGAAGUGCUGCUCAGUGCUCUCGGUUGCACGCGAGAUCCAUCGCUACUCUCCAAAUAUCUCAACAUGACGCUGUACCCUGAGUCGGGGAUUCGUAAACAAGACGGAGCACGUGCCUUCACGGCUGUCGCGAGCAAUAGUGUUGGUUUUGAGAUUGCCUUUGACUUCCUGCAGUCCAACAUUCAGCAGAUAUCAAAAUAUUUCGGCGAUGGUUUCUCCAUUCUCUCAAAAAUGGUCAGUGCAGCAACGACGUACAUGAAUAAGGAGCACCACUUGUCGCAGUUUGAGCGCUUCAUUGCCAAGGCGCGAAAGCUCAACUUGACCCUAAUUGAGAGUAGUGUUAAACUCUCAACGGAACAGGUGAAGAAUAACAUCUUCUGGAGAUCACGAUCGUACUACCAACUACAGGGAUACCUCGAAAAGCUCGUUUCAGACAUGAAUUUGAAUUAGAAAGAAAAAGCUAAAAAUUCAUUUAAUUUAAGCACAAUGAUUAAAGGCAAUGAAGCAUUUUUCUUUCUGAAGAAAAAGAAAAAGAGAGAAUCCUACAAAUUGCUGUUUAUGAUUUUCUAAGAAUGUGUAAGAUGUAAAACGAACAAUUUGUAAUAAUUGUAUUUAUUUUUCUAUAACGAAAAAAAAAACGAAAUCUUUCCACGAGAAAUGGUUUCAUUCUGCCACCAAAUUAUUUUUCUAACUCGUUAUAUAUAUUUUUUAUAUAAUUUUCAUGAGCAAGUCAAUGAAAAAUGAUGAAUAUUUGUAUAAAUUUAUGUCAAUGUGAUUUUCCUUCUUACUAUGUACGAUGUAUUCAAUUUAUAUUAACAAUUAAGACAUUAUAAGAAAAUUUGUAGGGAAAGUGCUAAAUAGUCAUUUGAAAAUUGCAUAAUCGCGGUAUGAAAAUUAUACAGAGGAAACUCGAUGGACGAACAUAAAGUCUUUGCUUGGCUUUUUGAAGGGAAUUUUUCAAAAGAAAAUUUCUUCAUGAAAAUUCUUUUAAAUAUUUGGGUAAUGUUCCUAAUUUUCCUGAAAAUUUUUAGAGACAAAAACGAAAUCAUUAAUUUCAUGAAUUUGGCUUUAUUUUAAAAGAUAAGCAAUUAGCCAUUAAUUGAAGGUCAUUUGCAUAAAGUAAUUUUCAUAUUUUAUUUAAAGAAAAAUUCUUCUGAUAAGACGGAGAAAAACGAAAAUCAAUAUUUGAGUCAUUAAUUAAAUGCCGAUUAAACACUAAAAGGCUAAUUCUGUAGAGACUUUUUUUUUAUUUUAGUAAGAAGUUAGGGCGCUGUUAAAAUUUCAAAAGUCAAUGAAUAUGAUAAGUGAUAAAGAUUUCUAUUUAAUUUUAAGGAUUCAUAAGUCAUAACGCUUAUAGAAAUUACUACAAAAUUGUAUUUUAUUGUAAUAAAUUAUAGAUAAAAAAAAGAAUAAAUUUUAAAUUUAUGUAGCAUAAUAAA